GGCUGCAGAAGCAAAUGGGAGAUCGUGAUAUACAGACGUCUCCAUGUGUUUGCUUUAAAAAAAACUAAAGCUGUUUUUUGCAGAAAAGAUGUGAUCAGACAGGAACAUGCCAUGGAUCAUCUUUCUAAACUUUUACGAGGGCGCUCCACUGUCCAGAUACUUGCCUGCUAAACCACAUGAAUUAAGUGAGCAGAGAACCUUGCUUGAGCCCUCUGCCCAUGAGCAAAUUGGGCCCCAUUCACACCUCUGCAAUAACCUUGAUACAGUGGACAAGGAAACGAUUUGAUGAGACUUCAUUAAUGGAAAACUACAUUACUGCCAGUGCAUGAUGCAUCCUAAGCAAACAAUAUUUUCAAGUCCUGGAAGUUUUAGCCAGAAGAAGCUACAGUUUUUUCUUUUGUUCUAGAGAGGAUCUUUCGAUACAUGCAUUUGCAAUGGCUAGUCUCUGUAGAUUAUGUUCAUUGGUAUUAGUGCUGCAGCUAUUACACAUUUAUUCUCUGGGAAUUUAUGGAUUUAAACAUCAAACAGGUAAAGACAAUGUAACUUCCCCUACCAAUGGCAAGCUAUUUCCUUGGAAUAAGAUGAGGCUUCCUGAUAUGGUAGUCCCAAUCCAAUAUGACCUCUGUGUUCACCCUAAUCUUACUACUGUACAUUUUACUGGACUGGAGCAGAUAGAGAUCUUUGUGAGAGAGAAUACUAAUUUUAUCAUCUUGCACAGCAAAGGCCUUGAAAUCACCAGUGCAGUUCUUCUGCCCAAAGAUGACUUGGGGUCCAGUAAACCUAAACAGCUUCAAGUUUUAGAACAUCCCGCACAUGAGCAAAUUGCCCUGCAGGCCCCUGAAGUAUUAACAGCUGGCCAGCGGUUUCUGGUUGUCAUAGAGUUUCAUGCAAGACUGGCGGAUGGCUUUGAUGGAUUUUACAAAAGUACUUACAAAACUCGUGUUGGGGAAACAAGGAUAAUAGCUACUACAGAUUUUGAGCCUACCUCAGCAAGAAUGGCUUUUCCAUGCUUCGAUGAACCAUCUUUCAAAGCCAACUUUGCCAUCACGAUAAGGAGAGAAAGAAAACACAUUGCAUUAUCCAACAUGCCAAAGAUUAAAACAAUUGAACUCGAAGGAGGCCUGUUGGAAGAUCAUUUUGAUGUGACUGUGAAAAUGAGCACUUACCUUGUAGCCUACAUAGUUUGUGAUUUUACAUCUGUGCAGGCCACAACAUCAUCAGGAAUCAAGGUAUCCAUCUACGCGUCACCUGACAAAUGGAGCCAGACACAUUAUGCCUUAGAAACAGCAGUGAAACUACUGGAAUUUUAUGAGAAGUACUUUGAUAUUAGCUUUCCCUUACCAAAACUGGAUCUUGUUGCUAUCCCUGAUUUCCAGUCAGGAGCCAUGGAAAACUGGGGUCUCAUCACAUAUAGAGAGACUUCACUGCUCUAUGAUCCCAAGACCUCCUCAGCAUUCGACAAACUGUGGGUCACAAAGGUGAUAGGUCAUGAAUUAGCACAUCAGUGGUUUGGUAAUCUUGUUACUAUGGAAUGGUGGAAUGACAUUUGGCUAAAUGAAGGUUUUGCCAGAUUCAUGGAAUUGGUUUCUGUUAGUGCUACAUACUCCGAGCUGCAGAUUGAGGAUUACUUUUUGAAUGUAUGUUUUGGUGCAAUUGCAAGGGAUUCAUUAAAUUCAUCUCAUCCAAUCUCCAACCCAGCAGAAACUCCUACUCAAAUAAAGGAAAUGUUUGAUACUGUGUCCUAUGACAAGGGAGCUUGUAUUUUGAAGAUGCUCCAAGAUUUCCUAUCUGAGGUGGUGUUCCAGAAAGGAAUAAUUCACUACUUGAAGAAGUACAGCUAUAGGAAUGCAAAGAAUAAUGACUUGUGGAACAGCCUGGCCAAUACUUGCUCUGAAAGUGACUUCUCUUCUGGCAACUUUUGCUAUACAGCUUCCAGGCCCCUUAGCAGCACAUUCAGUCAUAUGUGGAAACUUACGGAGAUCGAAGAGAUGAUGAACACUUGGACACUUCAGAAAGGGAUCCCACUGGUUCUUGUUAAAUGCGAAGGGAACACCUUAAGAUUGCGACAGGUGCGCUUCCUUAAGGGUGUUUUUGAAGAAGACCCUGAAUGGGCUAACUUGCAGUCAAGGUAUUUUUGGCAUAUCCCACUCACAUAUGUCACCAGCAGCUCCAACACUGUUCACAGACACAUACUAAAAACUAAAACAGACACACUAGAACUGGAGGGAGAGGUCGCCUGGGUGAAAUUCAAUGUGGACAUGAAUGGCUAUUACAUUGUGCACUAUGAAGAGAAUGGGUGGAACAACAUAAUUAAACUGUUGGAUCAGAACCACACCCUUUUCAGCCACAAGGACCGAGUGAACUUGAUCCACAAUGCAUUUCAACUGGUCAGUGCAGGAAGGUUAUCGCUGGACACAGCCCUUGAUCUGACACGAUAUCUCCGACAUGAAUCCAGUAAUGUAGUACUUCUGCAAGGCCUGGGCUACCUGGAAAUGUUCUACCACAUGAUGGAGAGAAGAAAUAUUUCUGAUGUCACAGAAAACCUAAAGAAGUACAUCCUGCAGCAUUUUAAGCUGGUGAUUGACAGGCAAGCAUGGAGCGAUGAGGGCUCAGUUUCUGACAGAAUGCUUCGUUCUGAUCUCCUUGGGCUUGCGUGUGAGCUACAAUAUCCUCCCUGUAUCCAGAAGGCAAACGAGCUUUUCAGCAAGUGGAUGGGAUCUGGUGGGACGUUAAACCUUCCAGCGGAUGUUCUGAAGACAGUCUACUCAGUUGGAGCACAGACAAUAGCAGGGUGGAAUUAUCUACUGAAGCAGUAUAGCCUCUCGAUGUCAGGUGCAGAAAAGAACAAAAUCCUCUAUGCUUUGACAACCAGCAGGGACUGUGAAAAACUGACAAAGUUAAUUGAGCUGGGCAUGGAAGGUGAGGUUAUCAAAACUCAGGAUCUAGCAGCUCUUCUUCAUGCUGUUGCCAGAAAUCCAGAGGGACAGGGGCUUGCUUGGAAUUUUGUCAGAAAAAACUGGAACAAACUUCUUAAAAAAUUUGAAUUAGCCUCUUUUUCUAUAAGAACUAUUAUUGUUGGCACUACAUCUCGCUUUUCCUCCAAAGACAAGUUAGAAGAGGUGAAACACUUCUUUAGGUCUCUGGAGGACCAAGGAUCACAGCUAAAAAUCACUGAAGUUGUGCUGGAAACCAUAACAAAAAAUAUUAGAUGGCUGAAGAGGAAUCUCAACAGUCUAAGGAACUGGCUGCUAAAUAAUCUUUAAAACACACUGCAAAGCAGAGAGGAUUUCAGUUUGAUUAACUGUUCCCUUUCACUCCCCACUGUGGUGAUGCAUAUUUGGGGAGUUUGCCAUCCAUCGCACAAUAUAGAUAUGUUGACAACCUCAAAUAUGUACGGAACAUUUUGUUACUGAUCCAGAACUGGCUAAAGAAAGAGGAUCUGUUGUGAAGUCUAUGAACUGUUUCAAUAAUUUGUCACAAUGUAAUGCUGUAAAUACCCGUCUGAUGAUAGGUACAUGGGUACAAAGAUAGAAUACAGAAUUUUUCCAUUC